UCUCCUCCUCGGUCCAUUUCUCUAACCUUUCCCAAUCGUCCGCUCAACGCUGCCCAACUCCCUAUAGCGAUACUUCUAACGCCAAUCCAUCCUCGUUCUCUCCGCCCCGUCUUCAUUCCCCUCCUCGUCUCUCUCUCGCAAGAUCUCAUCAAAAUGUCUGCCUUCGCCGCCGUCAGGAUUCCCUCUCCUGUUCUCGUGGGAGCUCGAUCCGCAGGCGAGAAGCCCUGCGCUCCCUUCGUUUCGUGCCCGGCCGGGCACGGCCUUCACCGCACGCACGUCAGGUCGACUCGCCUGGGCCGCCCUCUCCUCGCCGUCUCCUCCGAUGUCCUCAGCGGCCAGAAGUCCCUCGGCUCCAACUCCUCACCCUCCCACCAUGCGGUAGUAAGCCGGGAGGAGGCGUUAGUGCUGUAUGAGGACAUGGUCUUGGGGCGCGUCUUUGAGGACAUGUGCGCGCAGAUGUACUACCGCGGCAAGAUGUUCGGCUUCGUCCACCUCUACAAUGGCCAGGAGGCCGUUUCCACUGGCUUCAUUAAGCUCCUUGAAACCCGGGAUAGCGUCGUUAGCACGUAUCGAGAUCACGUCCAUGCACUCAGCAAGGGUGUCCCCGCCCGCGCAGUCAUGGCUGAGCUCUUCGGCAAGGCCACUGGCUGCUGUCGCGGCCAGGGUGGCUCCAUGCACAUGUUCUCUGCACCACAUAACCUCCUCGGUGGCUUCGCUUUCAUAGGUGAAGGCAUCCCGGUGGCUACUGGUGCUGCUUUCUCUUCCAAGUACCGCCACGAGGUCCUUAAGGAGUCCAACCCUAAUGGCCUUGAUGUCACUGUGGCCUUCUUUGGUGAUGGGACCUGCAACAAUGGUCAGUUCUUUGAGUGCCUCAACAUGGCUCAGCUCUGGAAGCUGCCCAUCGUGUUUGUUGUGGAGAAUAAUCUGUGGGCAAUCGGGAUGUCUCACCUCAGAGCAACUUCGGACCCUGAGAUCUGGAAGAAGGGACCGGCAUUCGGCAUGCCUGGGGUGCACGUGGAUGGGAUGGAUGUACUGAAGGUUCGGGAGGUGGCAGUGGAAGCAAUUGGAAGGGCAAGAAGCGGGGAAGGACCCACGCUUGUUGAGUGUGAGACAUACCGUUUUAGAGGGCACUCACUCGCGGAUCCUGAUGAGCUCCGGAAGCCUGAUGAGAAGGCACAUUAUGCUGCAAGAGAUCCUAUCAUAACCUUGAAGAAGUACAUUCUUGAAAACAGCCUUGCAAGUGAAACAGAACUGAAGGCUAUAGAGAAAAAAAUUGAUGAGCUUAUUGAAGAUUCUGUGGAGUUUGCAGAUUCAAGUCCACCUCCUCCAAGAAGCCAGCUAUUGGAAAAUGUUUUUGCCGAUCCCAAGGGAUUUGGGAUUGGCCCUGAUGGGAAGUACAGGUGCGAGGAUCCUAAAUUUACAGAGGGCACUGCUCAGGUCUAAGUUGAAGGUUUUAACACGCUAUCUACACCUUGGGUUGCUACUUAUGGUAUUUUGGCAGAUAUCAGUUUGAUUAAAAAAUAUGUUCUUCACUAUAAACUGUUUUUUCUUUUGGCAUCCUAAUCUCUCUCUUUUUUGUUUACAUUUUCUUGUCUUAAGCAGUCUCUAGCUUCAUUUGAUACGAACAUGUGACUAGAACUCCUAAUGUGUGAGACUAUGAUAGUCUCAGUUUUCUCCAUUAACUGAAUUAAACAUUAUUUAUCAUCCAAAUCUCAUGUUAUGUGGUAUGUAUGAUAAGGUUAUUCUUAUGUUUG